AUGUAUUGCAUCUAUGAAGAUCUCAGCUGCAGUAUCUUCUACGCCUUCCGUGACACCGGCAGCAAAAGCAGCCGAGUGGACGCGGGGUGGAGGCCUUCGGACUGUAGCUCUGGGGAGGAGGAUGUUGCUGAAAGCGUGGCAGAGUCCGCCAUAUCAAAAUUCAAUGCCGCCAUGGGGAAGCUUAAUGAGGUUUCUACUACUAGACAGGUCAGUCCCUUAACGUUUCAGUUAAAAACGACGUGGGAUGAGGCAAAAGAGCACGAGAAAGAAGUGUGCAUCGAUAAGGCUACUGAAGCCUGUAGCCUUGUGUGUGAGAUUAUAGCGCCAAAGGCUGCACAGGAGCUACCUCAGUCCUGUUGUAUUCCUGAUACAAAGGCAGACUAUGAGGAUCUUGUACCACUGAUGCAAGCCUACAAUGCUGCUAAGACAAGAAACGUGAAGACUCAAAUUCUGAGCCUUUAUGCUUAUAGAUAUCCAGCGAGGACACUUCAGAGGAUCCACGAACCAUUUGCGAAGCUAACAUCUUGGCAAAUCAAACGCGCUAGAGCUCACGCAAGGGAAUGCAGUCCAGGCUCCUUAGUAGAAAAGCCGCCUUCUCAUAGGGUUCGACUUCUCCCAGCGAAACUUGACCAUUUCUUAGACUUUGUUAACCACCAUACUUUUAUCAAGAUGUUGCAUUUGGUACAAGGAAACUGA